AUGGUAUACCUGCGGGACAAUAAGCGCAAUCUUGUUAAAUGCCGGGCGUUGUUGGACACGGGCGCGACCGCUAAUUUCAUAUCCGAGAGCAUCGUGAAACGCUUGCGCGUACCCGUGAGUGCGCAUUUGACGACGAUCGGGGCAAUUAAUUCCACGAACACUGUCUCGAAAAGUAUAACGCGAAUUAACGUGCAGUCGACGCGCGGCGAUUUCAGCAGGGAUAUGACGUGCUUAGUUAUACCGGCUAUCGCAGACCUGAUACCGUCGGAAGUUUUUCCGCGGGAUUUGAUCGAGAUACCUUCGAACAUAAAGUUAGCGGAUCCAGAUUUUUACUUGCCGCGCCCCGUUGAUUUAUUGAUCGGUGCCGGAGCCACGCUAUCGCUAUUUUCCAUUGGGCAGAUCAAUUUGUCGCGUGAAGGGCAUGACUUGUAUCUGCAAAAGACGCGUUUAGGUUGGAUCGUCGCGGGAAGCGCGGCGCCAUCCGCCGCGUCGAACACCGGGACGUGUUAUCUGACGAGAUUAGAGGCUCAACUCGAUAAAUUUUGGGCAUUGGAAGAAAUACAGGCGAGUAAACCGCGCUCCGCGGAAGAGAUCGAAUGCGAGGCGCAUUUCGUAAGAAACACUUGUCGCGAUAGCAACGGGCGCUACACGGUUCGUCUGCCGUUUCGCGAAACGAGCAAGCGUCUUGGCGAUACGCGGUCUGUUGCAUUGAAGCGUUUUCUGACAUUAGAGCGAAAAUUUCACGCAAACACAUCAUUAAAAAACGAAUACACGUGGGUAAUAGAGGAGUAUAUAAAAUUAAAUUAUAUUUCCGCGGUUACGGAUCCUACGGGUGACGGAUAUUACAUGCCUCAUCACGCAGUAAUAAAGGAAUCGAACAAUACUACCAAGGUUAGGGUCGUGUUUGACGCAUCCGCGAAGGCGAAUAACGGCGUGUCUCUAAAUGAUACGCUAAUGAUAGGACCUAUAAUCCAGGACAAGCUGUUUGCACAUCUCAUUCGAUUCCGAACGUAUAAAUAUGUCAUUAACGCGGACAUCGAGAAAAUGUAUCUGCAGGUACGCUUGCACGAGGACGAUAGGCGAUAUCAACGAAUUCUCUGGCGUGAGAAGGACGAGAUUCAAACGUUUCAAUUUAACACGCUCACGUUCGGGGUUUCGUCAUCGUCAUUUUUAGCAAUUCGGACUCUUCAACAAUUGGCAGACGACGAGCGUCACGCGUAUCCUAGGGCGGCCGCAGUCCUUAAGGCGCAUUUGUAUGUCGAUGAUCUCUUAUCGGGAGCCGAUAGUAUUGACGAGGCUCGGGCAAUCAGGGACGAAAUUAUCGCGCUGCUUGCUCGGGGUGGGUUCUCUAUACGGCAGUGGGCAUCAAAUGAUGAACGCGUCAUUGAUGAUCUCGCAUCUGGCGCGCUGCAUGCGAGUUUCGCGUUUGGUAAAGAUCGUUCCUUGAAAGCGAACGCUUGGCAUAACGUGAGCAUACAUACGGCGUGGCUAGAAUUUGUCGGGCAACUCGAGCUAAUAAAUCAGAUUUCCGUCGACCGAAAGUUAUUAGCACAAGACUGUCAUGACGUUCAAUUUCACGGAUUUUGCGACGCCAGCAAUAGCGGUUACGGCGCGUGUUUGUACUUACGUUCGACGGGAGAACAUGAAAACGCGGCUGUUAAUUUGUUGUGUGCUAAAUCGCGCGUCGCACCGUUAAAAACCAUCACUAUACCGCGUCUCGAGCUCUGUGGCGCAUUAUUAUUAGCGAGAUUGUAUCGCGAGGUCGCUGACGCGUUGAGCCUCGCGCCCGGCAGGGUAAUAUUCUGGUGUGAUUCCACCGUCGUGUUGCACUGGCUGAACACAUCGCCUCAUUUGCUCAAUCCAUUCGUAGCUAAUCGUGUUGCCGAAAUACAAAAACUCACGGACUUAUGCGAGUGGCGCCAACCGGCUGUCCACGUGGCAGCAUAUUCCAAGGUACGGCAGGAUUUUUGGGCGCGCUGGAGCUUAGAAUAUCUGAACGAGCUUCAGAUCCGCAACAAGUGGGUCAAGGAUGGCCCAAAACUCGAAGUCGGAACCGUUGUCCUCGUGAAGGACAAGAAUCUGCCGUGCACGCAAUGGGCACUAGGCAGAGUGGCAGCAGUGCAUCCAGGAGAAGAUGGGAUAGUGCGAGCGGCCACUAUCAAAACCGCUAACGGAAAUCUAAAAAGAGCGGCGAGACAACUGUGUCCUCUUCCGAUCGAGUCGUAA